AACAUGGAGGAAGUCCUUAACAGCACCAUUCACCCGGCUUGUUUACAAGAGCCGCCACUGGCCAUCGAUGUGAUAAAACAGCUAGAUGUGUUUGGAAUUUGCCUUUAUUCUAUGCUCACCUUCAUGUCCUGUCUGUCGCUGUUACUAUAUUUGGAGCAGUGUGUCUAUAUUUAUAAAAAACUACCUUACCCUAAGAAGACAACCAUCAUCUGGGUCAAUGGUGCAGCACCAGUUAUUUCCACCAUGUCUUGCUUUGGGAUGUGGAUCCCUAGAGCAGUCAUGAUCACUGACAUGACAUCUAACUGUUAUUUUGCAGUGGUGGUGUAUAAGAUCCUGGCUUUAAUGAUUGAAGAGUUGGGAGGCAGCCGCACUUUCCUGAAGCGGUUUUCUGGUAAACCCUUCAAGAUCAGCACCGGACCCUGUUGCUGCUGCUGCGUUUGUUUGCCCUAUGUGCCAAUGUCACGGCGAAUGUUAUUCAUACUGAAGCUGGGGGCUCUUCAGUAUGCAAUCCUAAAGACAGUGCUCUCUGUUGUCUCCGUAAUACUGUGGACAAAUGGAAACUUUGAUCUUUCUGAUCUAGAGAUUACAGGUACAGCGAUUUGGAUAAACCCAUUUAUUGGUGUCCUCACAAUUGUCUCCCUCUGGCCGGUCGGCAUCAUUUUUAUGAACACCAACAGCCUGCUACGCAGCCUCAAGAUGAUUCCAAAGUAUGCCAUGUACCAGCUGGUACUUGUUCUGAGUCAGCUGCAGACUUCGAUCAUUAACAUCCUGGCCUUGGAUGGAACCAUUGCUUGUGCUCCUCCCUUCUCAUCUCAGGCUCGAGGAUCCAUGCUAAGUCAGCAGAUGAUGAUCAUAGAGAUGUUCAUCAUCACUCUGGUCACUAGGUUUUUGUACCGUCGCACAUAUGACCCACUUCCCACUGACACUCAUGAGUGUGAAAACAACCACAACUCCAGCAUCGCGGUGAAGGCUGCGCUUGUCGAACACGAUGUCUAAACAGAGUGACAUCUGCGAGGGUGUCACACUGCUCUGUUUCCAUAUGGUAUUACAUUUCACCUCAAACCGGACCAGACAUAAGGAAAAAGGGAAAACUGCUAAAUGACUUCCUGUUUGACUUUUACACAUUAAUUCUUUGUACUUUCUACACAUUAUAUUUCCUUUUUGACAUAUUUAUGUUGCAUCCUCCAUAUCCAUUGAUGCAUUUGCAAUAGUGAUGAAAGUCUGUUUGUGUAAAAAGGUACAGCAUUGAAUUGCUCAAAUGUUUUUAUGUAUUCAGUGUUUGAACACCACAGGUUAAUUUUGAUGUAUUUCCAUAUUUAUAACAUGGUGGCAGUAGAAAUCUCACAAACAGGUCUGUCUAAUAA